AUGCGCGGCGCAAAGCUCGAACGCGACAACGUUGAAUGCGAGCUCACGAAGAUGAGCCAUCACGCGUUAUGCCCUUGUGUGCACAGUAUCAGUAAUCUCUUUCUUUUCAAAGCGAUCCAGAAGCCGGUUCCAAUUUUUGAUUUCAGCGCCUAUAUAUUCUCGACACCAACCCUUUGGGUGUUUCCGGGUCAUGUGUUAUGGUGCAGUACGUCGAUGAUGUAUGGCGAUGCGGUUCCGCAACAUUGA